CAAAAAUUGUUAACUGAUCGUUUGGCAGCUCUAUGGGGAGUACCAAGAAAACCAAGGAGGCUCCGGCAGACGGGAGGCCACACGCCUGCUGACCGAGAGGCAGAUCAAGAAACAUGGGACCCACCACCGCAGCCACGCCAGGACACGGCACGGACACGGGCGCCGUGGCCAAAACGGAUACCACAGCCGCCAUCAAUACAGCUACUACAGCAGGCAACGGAACAGGCGUCAGUCCAAUAUGGAGACCGACGCUGCCGAGGAGCAAACGGCUGAGCCCGACCUCGCGUCCUCUGUGAAGAAGGAGCGCUCCUACUCCAAGUGUAGAGACUGCAUAGCACGAGUGCAGCGAUUCCUUGUGACCAGGUUGGGAGAGGACUGGAUCUUCCUGGUUCUCCUGGGCAUCACAAUGGCACUGGUCAGCUGGACAAUGGACUACGCCAGUGCAAAGAGUCUACAAGCCUAUAAGUGGAUUCACGGGGAGCUGAGGGGGAACAUCCCCCUGCAGUACCUGGCCUGGGUAUCCUAUCCCCUGAUGUUUAUCCUCUUCUCCUCCCUCUUCUGUCACCUGGUUUCCCCUCAAGCUAUUGGUCUGUACCCCUGUCUUUCUCAUGCUUCUGUGUGUUUGUCUGCCUUAACGUGUAAUCCAUAGAUUUAAAAGUGCAUUUCAAAUUUAAUC